CAAACACACCAUGCAAGCACUAGGCAGCAAGCCAUGUUGCUCAACACCUUUGUUCUACCUCUAUUGCCUACUGCUAGUGUCAUGCCUUCAUCUCUUGGAAGAAGCACAUGCGGCACGCCAUGGAGGGAUCUCGCUGAGAUCUCAACGCAUGGCUCUCCUCCACUGGAAAGCUACACUUGUGAGUCCACCGCUGCAGAUGAGCUCCUGGCAGGAAAACAUCAGCCCGUGCAACUGGACGGGCAUCAUGUGCACGGCCAUUCGCUAUGGCCGCCGCAUGCCUUGGGUGGUGACCAACAUCUCCCUGCCGGAUGCUGACAUCGGUGGCCAGCUCGGCCCAAUACCUCCAGAACUAGGCAACCUCCCUAUGCUAAACCAACUUAUGCUCUACCAAAAUCAAAUCAUAGGCUCAAUACCCACAGAACUAGGAAACCUCACUAUGCUCAAUAACCUUGUUCUCUACCAAAAUCAAAUCACAGGCCCAAUACCUUCAGAAUUGGGCAAGCUGCUAAAUCUCCAAGCAUUGGAAUUGUCAGUCAACCAAAUAUUUGGCUCUAUUCCUGCCAGCUUAGGAAAUAUUACCAACCUAGUAGCAUUAUCCCUCUAUUUUAAUCAGAUAACUGGUCCCAUCCCCAAAGAGAUUGGCAAUCUGAUGAACCUCGAAACUUUAAGGUUGCAUCUGAACCAAAUUUCAGGAUCAAUACCAAAAACUUUUGGGAAGAUGCAAAGUAUCCAUGAUCUGACAAUCUACAAUAACACACUAUCAGGUUAUCUUCCUCCGGAGUUUGACAAUCUCACAAACCUUGUUAAUCUUUCGAUAUCUAGCAACCCACUUUCAGGACCUUUACCUGCAAAUAUAUGUUCAGGUGGAAAACUUCAAUUUCUCAGUGUCUUUAAUGAUAUGUUCAAUGGCCCCAUUCCAAGGAGUUUAAAGACAUGCACAAGUUUAGUUAUAGUUGACAUUCAAUGGAACCAACUAAUAGGUGAUAUAUCUCAGGAUUUUGGUGUGUAUCCACAUCUCAAAUGGAUGAACUUGGCAUCCAAUAGAAUCUCUGGUCACAUCUCACCAAAUCUAGGUGCAUCUACCCAGCUAACAGUACUAACUCUAGCAGAUAAUAUGAUCAUGGGUUCCAUACCUAGUAUCAUUUUCAAAUUGUCCAACCUAGCAGUACUAGGAUUCGAUUCUAAUCAUCUCAGUGGUGAGAUUCCACCUGAAAUCUUUAGUUUAGCAAAUCUAUAUUACCUAAACUUGUCAUCGAACCAGUUAUCUGGAUCCAUACCCACACAUAUGGAAAAGUUAAGUAGUCUUCAAUACCUUGAUAUAUCUUGGAACAGACUGAGUGGAUUAAUACCUAAGGAACUAGGAGCAUGCAAGAAACUAUUGUCCCUAAAGAUCAACAACAACAACUUCAGUGGGUAUUUGCCUGGUGCGAUUGGAAAUUUAGAAGGCCUGCAGAUGCGGUUAGAUGUGAGCUGCAAUAACCUUAGUGGUGUGUUGCCACAACAACUUGGGAAGUUGAAGAUGCUAGAAUUUCUGAAUUUAUCCCAUGAUCAGUUCAAUGGCAGCAUUCCAUCCUCCUUUGCAAGCAUGGUGAGUCUUUCAAAACUUGAUGUGUCCUACAACAACUUGGAAGGACCAGUCCCAACAACAUGGCAUCUCCAAAAUGCUUCAGAAAGUUGGUUUCUUCCCAAUAAAGGUCUGUGUGGUAACCUCUCUGGACUGACUCCUUGUUAUUCAACUCUACUAGUUGGCCGCCAUAAACCUAAGACACUUGGUUUGCUUUUGCCAAGUGUUCUUGUGGUGGGUUUCGCCAUUGUUGCUGCAAUUGUUGUCUUAAUAAUUCUUAGUCGUAAAAAGAGGAAACCACAAGAAGGUGUCACAGCUGAACCAAGAGACCUAUUUUCUGUUUGGAAUUUUGAUGGAAGAUUGGCAUUUGAUGAUAUUGUAAGGGCAACCGAAGACUUCAACGACAAGUACGUCACUGGAACAGGAGGAUACGGCAAAGUAUACAAGUCACAACUUCAAGAUGGGCAGCUAGUUGCUGUGAAGAAGCUUCACCUGACUGAAGAAGAGUUGGAUGACGAAAGAAGAUUUCUUAGAGAAAUGGAAAUCUUAUCACAGAUCCGACAGCGAAGCAUUGUCAAAAUGUAUGGAUUCUGCUCCCAUCCAGCAUAUAAAUUUCUUGUGUACAAUUACAUUGAGCAGGGCAGCCUCCGCAGGACAUUGGAAAAUGAGGAGUUAGCAAAGGAAUUAGAUUGGAAGAAGAGAAUUGCUCUUGCAACUGAUGUGGCUCAAGCAAUAGCUUAUUUGCACCACGAAUGCAGUCCACCGAUAAUCCAUCGAGAUAUCACAAGCAACAACAUCUUACUUGAUACAACCUUUAAGGUUUUUGUCUCGGAUUUCGGCACGGCAAGGAUUCUUAAGCCCGAUUCAUCAAACUGGAGUGCACUAGCAGGGACAUAUGGCUACAUAGCUCCUGAACUCUCAUACACAUCAGUCGUGACUGAGAAAUGUGAUGUCUAUAGCUUUGGCGUGAUGGGGAAGCAUCCAAGGGAUCUAUUAGACGGUAGUUUGUCGAGCGGGGAACAAGCUAUGCUGGUGAAAUAUAUUAUAGACCAACGGCCGGCAACACCAAUAACAACAGAAGAGAAUAGCUUAGCUCUGCUCAUCAAGCUGGCCUUUUCUUGCUUGGAAUCUUCUCCACAAGCAAGGCUAACCAUGCGGGAGGCAUACCAAACACUCAUCCAGCGACCCUCUUCUAGUUCCUGCCCCGUGCCCUUUAGUGCACUUACAUUACAGCAAGUAAGGGACUCAUGUUGAUAUAUGAUCUGAAUUCUAGUGAGAAGCCGAUUUAGGUCUAUCAUUGCGGAAGCCGAUUUAGGUUUAUGUUUUGCCUCGAGUCACUCAUAUACCAUCUAUAUAUGUUGAAGUCUGUAAUCAUCCCAUGUCACGUUGUAAGUUUUAUUUCUAGCGAAAAUAAUAACCGGUCCAUGCAGCGUGAGCCUGUUCACGACAUGGCCAGAUCACGGCUUAGAGCUUGAGGCGUGAUCAAGGGACGUGGGAUGGCAUGUCCGUGAAGCUUGGUCAUGGCGCAAGAUUAGGAUAUUUAUGUUAGCUAUUAGUUGAGCUAAUGAGAUGUUUAAAUAAAGAGGAGAACAAAG